CCUUCCCGGGGAAAGCAAGGGCCAGAGAGAAGGAGGGAGGGGCCAAUCCCCGGCAAGGGAGGUGGGAAGAUGGACGCUGGGCCUCUCUUCUCUGCUGGGUCUGUAAUGAGGAAGUCCUCUGCAGCACAGUUUCCUUUCCCUCGCUGAGCACUUGAAACAGGAAGUCAGGCAGUCAACGAAGCUGGUGGCAGCAACAGAGGUGACCGGAGGGGACAGGCGGCAGGUCUCCAGCGCAGGAGACCCACGCCCACCAUGGUCUCCAGCUGGAACCAUGGCAACAUCACCCGCUCCAAGGCGGAGGAGCUGCUGUCCAGGGCCGGCAAGGAUGGGAGCUUCCUGGUGCGGGCCAGUGAGUCCAUCUCCCGGGCGUACGCGCUCUGCGUGCUGUACCGGAACUGUGUGUACACCUACAGGAUCCUGCCCAAUGAGGACGACAGGUUCACUGUCCAGGCAUCAGAAGGUGUCCCGGUCAGGUACUUCACUAAGCUGGACCAGCUUAUCGAGUUCUACAAGAAGGAGAACAUGGGGCUGGUGACCCACCUGCAGUACCCCGUGCCACUGGAGGAGGAGGAUGCCGGUGACGACCCCGAGGAGGACACAGAAAGUGUGGCAUCUCCACCUGAGCUGCCCCCCAGGAACAUCCCUCUCUCUACGGGGCCCUGCGAGACCAAGGAGCUUCUGGGGCCAGCUGAGAACCCCCGUGCCCCCGAAGCCAGCCGGCCCAGCCUCUCCGAGACACUAUUUCAGCGGCUGCAGACCAUGGACACCAGCGGACUCCCAGAAGAGCACCUUCGAGCCAUCCAGGAGUACUUGGGCACUCAGCUUGCCCUGGACUCUGAGUUUGCAAAGACGGGAUCCAGCAGCCUCCCCAGCCUGAAGAAGCUGAUAUCACAGCUCUGCAAGGAGCUCCAUGGGGAAGUGGUGCGGACCCUCCCGUCGCUGGAGUCUCUGCAGAGGCUGUUUGACCAGCAGCUGUCCCCUGGCCUCCGCCCGCGGCCCCAGGUCCCCUGCGAGGCCAGUCCAGUCACCAUGGUGGCCAAGCUCAGCCAGCUGACAAGCCUGCUAUCCUCCAUUGAAGACAAGGUCAAGGCCUUGCUGCAUGAGGGCCCCGAGUCUCCCCAUUGGCGUUCCCUCAUCCCACCUGUUACCUUUGAGGUGAAGGCUGAGUCUCUGGGGAUCCCUCAGAAGCUGCAGCUCAAGGUGGACGUGGAGUCUGGGAAACUGAUCAUUAAGAAGUCCAAGGAUGGUUCGGAUGACAAGUUCUACAGCCACAAGAAAAUCCUGCAGCUCAUCAAGUCCCAGAAGUUUCUGAACAAGUUGAUGAUUCUGGUGGAAACAGAGAAGGAGAAGACCUUGCGGAAGGAAUACAUUUUUGCUGAUUCGAAAAAGAGAGAAGGGUUCUGCCAGCUCCUGCAGCAGAUGAAGAACAAGCACUCAGAGCAGCCGGAGCCCGACAUGAUCACUAUUUUCAUCGGCACCUGGAACAUGGGUAACGCCCCCCCUCCCAAGAAGAUCACGUCCUGGUUUCUCUCCAAGGGGCAGGGAAAGACACGGGACGACUCCGCUGACUACAUCCCGCACGACAUCUACGUGAUUGGCACUCAGGAGGACCCUCUGGGGGAGAAGGAGUGGCUGGAGAUUCUCAGACACUCCCUGCGAGAAGUAACCAGCAUGAAUUUUAAACCGAUUGCUGUCCACACACUCUGGAACAUCCGCAUCGUGGUGCUGGCCAAGCCUGAGCACGAGAACCGAAUCAGCCAUAUCUGCACCGACAACGUGAAAACGGGCAUCGCCAACACCCUGGGGAACAAGGGAGCAGUGGGAGUGUCGUUCAUGUUCAAUGGGACCUCACUGGGGUUUGUCAACAGCCACCUGACCUCCGGAAGUGAGAAGAAGCUCAGGAGAAACCAAAACUACAUGAACAUCCUCCGGUUCCUGGCCCUGGGAGACAGAAAACUGAGUUCCUUUAAUAUCACUCACCGCUUCACCCACCUCUUCUGGCUUGGGGAUCUCAACUACCGUGUGGACCUGCCCACCUGGGAGGCGGAAGCCAUCAUCCAGAAGAUCCGGCAGCAGCAGUAUGCCGACCUGCUGGCCCACGACCAGCUGCUCACCGAGCGCAAGGAGCAGAGAGUUUUCCUGCACUUUGAGGAGGAAGAAAUCACAUUUGCGCCCACCUACCGAUUUGAAAGACUGACUCGGGACAAAUAUGCAUACACGAAGCAGAAAGCGACAGGGAUGAAGUACAACCUGCCCUCCUGGUGCGACCGAGUCCUCUGGAAGUCCUACCCCCUGGUGCAUGUGGUGUGCCAGUCCUACGGCAGUACCAGUGACAUCAUGACGAGUGAUCACAGCCCUGUGUUUGCCACGUUUGAGGCAGGGGUCACCUCCCAGUUCGUCUCCAAGAACGGCCCCGGGACCGGGGACAGCCAAGGGCAGAUCGAGUUCCUGGCGUGCUACGCCACCCUGAAGACAAAGUCCCAGACCAAGUUCUACCUGGAGUUCCAUUCCAGCUGCCUGGAGAGUUUUGUCAAGAGCCAGGAAGGAGAAAAUGAAGAGGGCAGCGAGGGGGAGCUGGUGGUAAAGUUUGGCGAGACGCUUCCCAAGUUGAAGCCUAUCAUCUCUGACCCGGAGUACCUGCUGGACCAGCAUAUCCUGAUUAGCAUUAAAUCCUCUGACAGUGACGAAUCUUACGGUGAGGGCUGCAUUGCACUUCGGCUGGAAGCCACGGAAACCCAGCUGCCCAUCUACACACCACUCACCCACCAUGGAGAGAUGACGGGCCACUUCCGGGGAGCCAUUAAGCUGCAGACCUCCCAGGGCAAGAAGAGAGAGAAGCUGUACGACUUCGUGAAGACAGAGCGAGAUGAGCCCAGUGGGCCCAAGUGCCCAAAGAGCCUCACCAUCCAGGACCCUGUGAAGCAGUGGGAGCCGGCUGGCAGGGCCUCCUUCGGCCUCACAGACAUCAUGAAUCCCAGCUACAUUCCCGUCCGGCAGCCCGUGACUGCCAAGCUGCCCAUGUCCCCCUUGCCGGACCAGCCACUCCCGGCCUGGAGCUAUGACCCACAGCCCAAGGACCCUUCCCUGGGGCCAGGGAGAGGGGACAGUCCUCCCACCCCACCCUCCCAGCCACCGCUGUCACCCAAGAAGUUCACCUCUGCCUCAGCAAACAGGGGCCCCUGCCCCAGGGUGCAAGAGUCCAGGCCUAGCGAGCAGGGGAAGGGCUCGACUGAAGCCCCACAGGAGGACCUGUUGCUGAGCAAGCCAGAGAUGUUUGAGAACCCACUGUACGGCUCUGUGAGCGCCUUCCCCAAGCUGGUCCCCAGGAAAGAGCAGGAGUCCCCCAAGAUGCUACGAAAGGAGCCCACACCCUGCCCAGAGCCCAGCAUCUCCUUUUCCAAAGCCCCAGAGGCCGAGGGUAGCAAGGGUCCAGGCAAACAGGCACCCACGACCUUCCUCAGCCCCACACCCCGGCUCCGCUCCUUCACCUGCUCGGCCUCCACCGAAGGCAAGGCCACUAGUGGGGACAGGGGCCAGGGGAAGCCCAAGGGCCCUGCCAGCUCUCAGGCCCCAGUGCCGGCCAAGCGGCCCAUCAAGCCAUCCCGGUCGGAGGUGAGCCAGCAGUCCACACCCACACCUGCACCCCGGCCACCCCUGCCAGUCAAGAGCCCAGCGGUUCUGCAGCUGCAGCACGCCAAGAGCCGUGACUACCGUGACAACUCCGAGCUCCCACAUCAUGGCAAGCACCGGCCUGAGGAGGGGCUGCUGGGCAGGACGGCCAUGCAGUGACGCCCUGGGGGAUGUGCCAGUGACAGGAGCCCAGAGGAGCAGCAGAAGCCUCAGAAGGGAAGCCUCUCCCGUGACCUCCUUCUGGUUCCCCUACCUCGCUUCCUGUGCAAACCUUUGCAUUUUUCGGAAAAGGGCCUCACUUCUAUGUGGCCCACGGAGUACACUGCCUGUGACACUGGGCAGCAGGUACUGCGGUCAGAAGGAAGGUGCCCACCUGAGACGACGGCUGCAUCGCUGGGUCCCCAGCGUGGCCUUGGUACUUGGGACCCCGGGGUCUUGUUCGGGUCACCAUUUUGAAGGAGACACCUGAAGUGCCAAUCCGGGGAUGGAGAUAUACAUAAUAAUAAUAAUAUUAAUAAUAAUAGUGGCAGCCUGGGCUGAGAAGUCGGCCUGUGCCACAUGCAUCACUAAGUGCUUUAGGGACAUUGUGUGGGGACAGCGUCCAGGGCAGAGGCUCCAGCCAUGCAGAACCACGUGCCCAGGCCCGGGCGUCCUGAGGGUUUGGGCAAAGCAUUAAGAGGCUGGCAGCCUUGGGAGCAAGAAGUGGCUGCAAGGGACACAGAGGAUAUGAGCGACUCUUGGGGCACAGGGCUUGGUCCCAGGCCAGCUCCCAUGAUUCACGCUACUUCAGCCGAGGCAGGGGUCCUGUGCAGCCGCAUGGGGAGCAGGGAUCUCCCUGAGCAGGAGCAGCAGCCUGCGCCGCGGCCUCACGCUGGGGUCAGGAUGGCCGAGGCCCUGCUAGUUCCACAUGCUGGGCUCCCAUCCACUGCCCAAGGUGGCCAGUGCCACCAGGCUCCUGCAGCCUCUCAGUCUCAGGCUCCAUGGCCUUCAGCCCUUAGUUAGUAGGUAGUAGAUUGUUGGUAUCUUUUCUCAUGUUGCUUCUUGAUCUGGAAUGUGUGAGAGUGAGAUGGUAGGUAUGCACCCCACGUGCCCACUGUCCUGUCUGUGUGACCAAUAAACUGUGCCUUUCUCA